CAGGGCACAAGUGGCAUCAGCAGCGUGUGGCAGCCAGCCCGGGUGGCCGGGGACAGCGGGAUGGCCAGGAAGGUGGUGCUGCUCCUGUGGGGCGCCCAGACCACCCAGCUCCUCGUGCAGCCCCCCUGGACGCCGCCGGUGCUGUGGGACCGGGUGACACUGACCUGCCAGGGCUCGGGCACCGCCGGUGCCACCACCUGGUACAAGGACGGGCAGCGCUGGCGGCUGCAGGGACCCGACCGAUUCGUUGUCACCAAGAGUGGCACCUACCAGUGUGACAGACCCGGCACCGGGCUGAGCCCCCCCGUGAACGUCUCCAAUGCCUGGCUGGUGCUGCAGGUGCCGGCGCGGGCGCUGCUGGAGGGGGACACGGUGACACUGCGCUGCCGGGGCUGGCAGGACAAUCCGGUGAGCUGGGUGUCCUUCUACCGUGACAAGAAGGAACUGGAGGUGCUCCCAAGUGGGACCGAGCUGUCCCUGUCCCCUCUGCAGCUGCACCACAGCGGCCGCUACCACUGUAAGGGCUGGGUGUAUUCCGAGCUGUCACAGCGGUGGGCGCAUUCAGCGCCGGUGACAGUGACAGUGCACGGGGUCCCGCUCUCGGGGGUGUCCGUGUCGGCGCAGCCCCCCGGGGCACAGGUGGCACUGGGGGACCGCCUGGUGCUGAGCUGCGCCGUGGCCGCGGGGACAGGUCCCCUGUCCUUCUCCUGGCACCGGGGGGACUCGUGGGCACCACUGGGCACCAGCCCCCACCUGGAGCUGCGCCACGUUGGGGACAAUGACAGCGGCCACUACCAGUGCCGGGCCAGCAACGGGGACAGCGUGGCCGAGAGUGUCCCCAUGAAUGUCACCGUCCGGGUGCCCGUGGCCAAUGCCACCAUCAGCCCCGGUGCCCUGGCACAGCCGGUGCGCGCAGGUGACUCCGUGACCCUGCGCUGCUCGGUGCAGGUGGGCUCAGCCCCUGUCACCUUCACCUGGCUGCACAACGGCCGCGAGGUGGCCCGGGGUCCCCUCCUGGAGCUCGGGGACGUCCAUGUGGGACAUUCUGGCACCUACCAGUGCGUGGCCACCAACCAGCUGGGACAGGACGGGCACCGCGUGUUCCGGGCGCUCAGCCCCGAGCUGGCACUGACGGUGACACCGCGGGCACACUGGGACACAGCUCUGUCCCCAGCAGUGGCCGCAGGGGUCGGUGGUUCCCUGCUGUUCCUGGUCCUGCUCCUGGGUGUCAUUGUGGGCUGGCACCGGUGGCACCGCCUGGCCGCCAGGAAGCACCAGGAAAGGGCCCCGCCAGAGCCCCCGCCCACCCCUGAGGAGGGGGAGGUGCUGUACAGCCUCGUUGGGAGCACCCGGAAUGCAGGGGGGUCCCCCCACGCCACAUCCCCCCAGGGGACCUACGCGGAGCUGCCGGGACCCCACGGGCGACAGCAGGACCCCAGUGACAUCUAUGAGAACGUGCUGUGACACUGGGGGCACUGGGGGGCACUGGGGGCACUGGGGGGCACUGGGGGGCACUGGAUGUCCCUGCGUGAGGGCACCCCCGUGUGUCACCCCCACCCCACGGCUCCCAUGGGUGCCCACCCUGCCUGGGGUGGGUGGUCACGAGUGGGGGGUCCCAUGUGAGGCUGCCCAGAGCUCCCCAUUCCAGUGCUCCCAGUGCUCCCAGUACCCUCCAGGGGUUUGCCAUUCCCCCUCCCAGUGCCGGGGGGGGGCACAGGACCCUUUUGCCUCUUCUUCGACUCAAAAGGCAGCGUUUGGAUUAAAGCGGGAGAAAUGGG